UUUUCACUCUGGGGGUCAAUGGCUGGGCGGGAUCUGGUAAGGGAAGAGCUCCUGGCUAGCUGGAAACCAACCAGUCUUGCUUCUUUGGUGACCGUGUCCUCCAGCUGGUGUUACCAAGCAAUAAUCUGUGUCGAGUCAAGAACUUGAGCCUUUAGGCUUCUCACCUCUCCAAAUUCCAACUGUGUUGGUCCUGAAGAUGAGGACCAAGCAAGGAGACCCUUUGCCUGAGAGCCCAGGGUUGAGGGACAGGCUGAAGCAGGAAGAGAACAUGUGUGAACUGGAUGUGGUAGGCCCCCAAAUGGCUGCCCGGGUCUCUCUCGCAUCCCAGGCUGGGAAGAGCAGGGAAAGCGAGGGAGCGGCCAUCUUGAAUGAGGAGAAUGCCACCCACUUGGACUUAUCCCAGGAUCAGAUGCAAAACCAGGGAUGGCAAAGGCAGAAGCUGCUAGAAAGUCUCUUCCUGAGGGAAGCAGAAGAAGAUCAGGGACCGGUGUCUUUUGAGGAAGUGGCCGUGCGUUUCAGCAAAGGCGAAUGGGGGAUGCUCGACCCAGAGCAGAGGGCUCUCUAUCGGGAAGUCAUGGUGGAAAACUACGGGACCGUGGUCUCUUUGGGUAAGAACCCGUUCCAUCCUCUG